AUGACUUUUAAUAAUCAAAAUGGCCUUUUAGCUCAGUUAGAGUUGUAUUUCACCAGUCUCAUGUAUUUGUAUUUCACCCCUUCAUUCUACACUAUUCCCAAAUCCCCUUGUGGGUUUGACCACGGCUUGGUUUUGAACUUCGGAUUUCUUUUCACUUUAAUGUAUGCCGCAUAUUAUGUUGUUUUUGAUAAGAGAGCUGGGUCCAUGGCUGCUUUGCUUUGUUUCGUUUGUUGGGUUGGAGCAAGCUACAUCGCUAAUAAACUUGGUUAUUCUCAGACUUGGAAGGUUGUACUGGCAGCUCAGUUGUUCUGUUGGACCAAUCAGUUUAUAGGCCAUGGAGUAUUUGAGAAACGAGCACCGGCUUUGUUAGAUAAUCUUGCACAAGCUUUUUUAAUGGCUCCGUUCUUUGUAGUUUUAGAGGUUCUUCAAAGUUUAUUCAAAUAUGAACCAUAUCCGGGGUUUAGUGCGAGUGUGCAAGCAAAGAUAAAAGCAGAUAUAAGAGAAUGGAAAGAAAAGAAGGAAAAGUUGUCAUGAUUUGUAUUGGCUAGACUUCAAAACAACCCUGCCUUGGAUUUCCCCUUGUAAAAAUAGUGUGGAAACUAACUACUUCAGUUGAAAAACCUUUCUAUGAUAUUAUUAAACAUGUUUCUGCUUUUCAA